AUGCUCAUCCUAAACGCCGUCCUCUUCACCGCCGCCGUACAGGCCGCCGCCAUCAUCCGACCCAUCGACACGGACCGCUUCACUGCCACGGAGCUGGUCCACAGCUUGGACGUCAUCGCCAACGCCACCCACUCUACUGCUGACCUUACCUCUGGAUUCACGGCCGACAGGAACUCGGAGGAAUACAACCACCUCAACACCGAAUUCGACGAGAUCAUCCAGGCCAGCGAGCUGGCCAUCGGCGUCCUGCAGCACGACAGCCCGGCCGAGGGCAAGAAGGUGACGUACGAGGGGUACACGGAGCAGGAGCGCGGGCCCAUCUGCAGGUCGGGAGAGUACCUCCUCGAGACGGGCAUGGAGCUGGCCAGGGGACUGAACCGCUCCUUCGACUCCAAGCUCAUGGCUAGGCUGCGCCGCGCCGUCUUCAGCGUCGACGGUCUGGCCACCGUCACGGGGAACUCUGCCUCCUGCGCGGGCAACUACACCCAGAAGCUGGGGGAUCUGCACACCAUGAUCGUCGUUAACGAGUCUGCCGAGGACUUUCAGACUCAGAAUGGGACAGCUGCUCAGUAG